CGAAUAAAAUGAAACAAGUGGAUUAAAUUAAAACAAGUGCCUAAUUCAAAAAUUCAAAAAUUUACAAUUCACGUGGAAACAAAAAAUUCUUCGACUGGACCAAAUAAAAAAAGGAAAGCAUUUGAAAACAAAGACGUCCUAUAUAACACAAGUACGCUGUUAAGGACAACGAAAACAAAAUAAACUUAAACAAGAAGUUUCCCUAUUUUGAACUAUUCCUAUAUAUACAACAACAAAAUUAGAAAAAACCAAAAAAAAAAAAAAAAGAAAACUAUAUAUACCAACCCUUUAGCUUCUUCUUCAUUAAUCAUAAUUCGUAUCUUAUAAACCAAAACACAACAUUAAUUGCCCCCGGCAUCUUUCACCGAUGCCGGAGAAACUCCUAUUCGGAAAAUAUGAGCUUGGAAAGCUACUUGGUUGCGGCGCAUUUGCCAAAGUGUACCACGCUAGAGAAAUCAACAGUGGCAAAAGCGUCGCGAUCAAAGUAAUUAAUAAGAGCAAUAUUUGCAACAAAGAUGGCAUACCUGACAAGAAAAUCGAACGUGAAGUCUCCAUUAUGCGCCAGCUACAACAUCCAUACAUUGUUAAACUCCAUGAAGUUCUGGCCACCAAGACGAAGAUCUAUUUCAUCAUGGAAUAUGUUAAAGGAGGCGAAUUAUUCAACCUGAUCGCGAAUAAAAGCAGAUUUAGCGAGGAUCUAAGUCGCAAAUGCUUCCAACAACUGAUCUCCGCGGUUAAUUAUUGCCAUUUACGCGGAGUUUACCAUCGUGACUUGAAACCAGAAAACAUUCUAAUAGACGAAAAUGGAGAUAUCAAGGUUUCUGAUUUCGGACUCAGUGCUACAACUGACCAAAUUCAAUCAUUCGAUGGACUUCUGCAUACGGUUUGUGGAACUCCAGCUUAUGUAGCACCGGAGAUAUUGACGAUCAAAGGAUAUGAUGGAGCGAAAACUGAUAUAUGGUCAUGUGGAAUUAUUCUUUAUAUUAUGAUCGCUGGUUAUUUCCCAUUUUACGAUCAGAACCUGAUGUUAAUGUACAAGAAAAUCUAUAAAGGUGAAUUCAGGUGUCCGAAAUGGAUGUCUCCGGAUGUUAAACGGAUACUAUCUCGUCUUCUGGAUGUAAAUCCAGGGACGAGAAUAACGAUUGAUGAGAUCAUCAGGGAUCCAUGGUUUAGAAAGGGAUUGAAAUUCAUCAAAUUCUCAGGAGAGGAAGAAAAUAAGGAUUCGUUAAUAUCAAACUCUUUCAACGCGUUUGAUUUAAUUUCAUUCUCUUCAGGGUUGGACAUUUCAGGAUUGCUCAAAUCGAACAAUCCGAUGGAUGAUUUGGAGAGGAUGGUGGUGGAAGAGUCGCCGGAGAGGUUAAUCGAAAGAAUUGAAGAGCUGGGGAAGAAGGAGAAUUUCAGGUUGAGGAAGAAAAAAGAUUGGGGAAUUGAGAUGAAAGUGCAAAAUGGUAAAGUAACUAUGAGAUUGGAUGUGUAUCGAUUGACCGAACAUUUAGUAAUUAUGGAAGUUCAAAAAAAUGAUGGUGAUGGUGACUUGUAUAAAGAUGUAUGGAGGAAUAAAUUGAAGCCGAUAAUUCUGGGCCAGCAAAUACCAAAGAUUGAGGAUUCCGAUAGCUAGCUAUGUUUCCCUCGGUAGGGAAGGAGCUUUGGAUAAAUUUUUAUUUUAGUUUUAUAUAUUUUAUUAUCAAAAAAGAAAAAAAGAUUUACGAUAAUGUCUUUUGUUUUGUUUGUUUGUUGUUUUCUUUGUGUAGAAAAAAUGAAUGUAUAGUAAAAAGAUCAAAAGAAAAAACAUACAAGAAGAUUAGUUUUUUUUUUCAAAGAAGUGAGGGACAUACCAGUAACUCUCUCGUCUAUGAUUUCAAUUUAAUCAAAAGAUUUCUUUCUUUUUA